AUGCUGGGACAAAGAGUUGGUUUUGUUUCAUUGUGCAAAAAUGAUAACAACAUUCCAAGUUUCACCAACUAUCAUUGUAUUAUGCACCAGCAAGUUCUGUGCUCUAAAAUUCUUGAGUCAGAUGUUAUUAUGAAAAUUGCUUUCAAAAUAGUUAAUUCUAUUCGAGCCAGAAGUUUGCUAAGGCGUCAAUUUCUAGCUCUUCUUGAAGAGACUGAAGCCGAAUACUCAUCAGACCUUUUACUACAUACAAAUGUUAGGUGGCUUAGCCGUGGUGUCUUUUUGAAAAGAUUCCGCCGAUUACUGCCAGAAAUCAAGACUUUUAUACAAUCGAAAGGAGAAAAUGUUCCUGAGCUUGAAGAUGAAACAUGGCUCAUGAAACUGGCUUUUUUUUGUGAUAUAACAGAAAAACUUAAUGACGUGCACCUGAAUCUUCAAGGAAAAGACAAAAUCGUAAUUGACAUGAUUACUUUCAUCAAAACUUUCAAGAGUCAAAUGCAAUUGCAAACAUCUCAAUUAAAACGUGGCGAACUAAAACAUAAUAAAAACAUGGAAGAAGAAUGUACGCACAAUACAAAUCGGGACUUUGAAACUUUCGCUGAACAGCUGGAGAAUUUGCACCUGGAGUUCGAAAGAAGGUUUGCGGAUUUUGCCGCUCUAGAAGAAGUGCUAAGUUUCAUGGUUUUCCCUUUUAUUGAAAAUAUUGACAUUGACAGCUUGCCCGUUAAAAUCAGCAACUUAACUGACGCCGAAUCUGUUGUGGUCGAAGAAGAAAUAGUUAAAAUAAGAAGCGACAUAUUUUUGAAAGCUAGAGCAUCUGGUAGUACAGAUUUUUGGAAACUGAUUUGCAAAGAAAAGCUUUUAUGCCUUAGAAGGGUAGCUUUAUAUUUGACGUCGUUUUUCGGAUCUACCUAUCUUUGUGAAUCAACAUUUUCAACUAUGAAUGCAAUAAAAACCAAACAUCGUUCCCGCUUAACAGACGCUCACCUAACUUCCUGUUUGCGCAUCGCAGUUACUUCGUACACUCCUCAAUAUGAUAAACUUGUGGAGAAUAUGCAGUGCCUAACAUCCUCCCAAACACGUAAAACGCACUGA